AUGAGCGGCCUACUGGUCUUUCGGAGGCCUUUACAAGUGAGAUGCCUCUCAUCACGGCUCCAUCAGGUGCGCCGUUAUGCCCUGAUAGGGAAGCCUAAGCAACAAGGGGAGCCGGCAUGGGCCCUGCCAAAGACACCUGCACGAACGAGGUUUGCGCCGUCGCCAACGGGAUACCUACAUCUCGGCUCGCUGCGGACAGCUUUGUACAAUUACCUUUUGGCGCAAGCGACGGGUGGCCAGUUCAUCCUCAGGCUUGAGGAUACCGAUCAGAACCGCUUCGUGGCAGACUCGGAAUCACGGCUGUACGAUGAUUUAACCUGGGCGGGUCUUCAGUGGGAUGAGGGCCCGGACAAGGGUGGCCCAUUCGGUCCGUACAAGCAGGUGUGUUCUGACCGUCUUGACUUGUAUAAACAACAUGCAGAGUCUCUCCUGGAGAGUGAUCAUGCUUUCAGAUGUUUCUGCUCGCAGGAAGACCUGGAGUUCAACAUCAAACAGGCCACCGCCAGCGGGGCUGCAGCUCACUAUCCAGGGACAUGUAUGGGUAUCACCAGGUCCGAGUCCGACAGGCGAGCAGCAAACGGUGAACCGCACACCAUCCGGUUCAAGGCGGCAGAGAUACCCGUCUCAGCUACGGAUUUAGUGUAUGGUGCCUACAAGAAGAACGAGCGCGAGGACAACUUCAUCAUCAUGAAGAGUGAUGGAUAUCCGACAUAUCACUUUGCCAAUGUGGUCGACGAUCAUUUCAUGAAGAUCACGCAUGUCAUCCGUGGUGCGGAAUGGUUGAUUUCAACGCCAAAACAUGUCGAGUUAUACAAUGCCUUUGGGUGGCAACCUCCCAACUUUGCCCACGUGGGUCUGCUUGUGGACUCACAGAGGCAGAAACUCAGCAAACGGGACAUGGAUAAUAUCGGCAUAAACGUCUACCGGGCCAACAAGAUCAUCCCAGAGGCCCUGCUGAACUACUCCGCCUUGCUCGGCUGGGAUCCCAACCUGCGGAAUAAUCCGCACCUGAACAAGCAAGGACAGUUCACCUUGAAAUUCACCAGAGGCGAUAUCGUUGUGGACCUGGCCAAGCUGAAAUUCUUCCAGACCAAGUUCACCCGCGGUCUGGUCUCUGGGGACAUUGCGGACCCCGAUGCACUGCGCAGAAACAUUCUCAAGCCUAUUUUGAGCGAAGUGCAGAAAUUUGAGGCUUCCCUGGCGGAGCAUCACCAGGGCUCGACGCCUGAGGACGACGAACUGCGCGACCUCCAUCAGAGCAUCAGUGACCGCGUUAUAUUUGAAGACGGCAUAACGGAAGACGUCGUACUCACGGUUCUUAACAACUACAAGGGAUCACUGGACAACCUUGCCCAGUUCUUCCAUGACAAUAUCUUCGCCUUCUACCCCCUCUCGAAGACGGCUCUGAAGAAGAGUUUCCUGGAGCUUCAGGACAGCGUGGCUCGCGUGAGGGUCGACAAGGGCAAGAAAUCCCUCAUCAAUGCGGACAUUUCCAAGGUGUUGACCUUUUUCAGGAUCGCGCUGAAGAAGAUUGAGCCGGAUGAUUGGAACGAGGAGACCCUGGGCCCCGCCAUGAAGCAGCUUGCCAUGUCCGUUCAGUUCUACGACACCAAGAAGGAGCAGCUAGUAGAUCAGAGCGCCGGCUGGAAAUUCGCGCGGUGGGCGCUCCUCAACAACAGAUCAGGGCUGCCCAUCGUGCCGAUGAUGUUGUUGUGGGGACGGGACGAAACGCUCCGGCGCUUGAAGUCUGCGCGGCUCUCGGCUGCG